CUCUGGCGCUGCCCACUUCCGGCGCCGCCGCCGAGGGAGGGCGGUCGGAGGGAGGAGUUGCGCCGCCGCCUCCUGCCCCAGGCCAGCCCCGGCGAUGGUGUUGGCCGCGGGAGCCGGGCCCUGACGCCGCGCUCAGGUUGAAGACAGCAGUAAUGCUAACUCUUGCAAGCAAGUUGAAGCGGGAUGAUGGUGUCAGAGGGCCCCGUGCAUCCAAUCCAGCUUCUGAUUCAACUCGGAGGGUGUCUGUUCGAGAUAAAUUACUUGUUAAAGAGGUUGCAGAACUUGAGGCUAAUUUACCUUGUACAUGUAAAGUGAAUUUUCCUGACCCAAACAAGCUUCAUUACUUUCAGCUAUCUGUAAUACCAGAUGAGGGCUAUUACCAAGGUGGAAAGUUUCAGUUUGAAAUUGAAGUUCUGGAUGCCUACAAUAUGGUGCCUCCAAAGGUAAAAUGCUUGACAAGAAUCUGGCAUCCGAACAUUACAGAGACGGGAGAAAUCUGCCUAAGUUUAUUGAGAGAACAUUCAAUUGAUGGCACUGGCUGGGCUCCAACUAGAACAUUAAAGGUUAAACAUCCUGGAAUCUCACCUCCCAGAAGACUCAAAUUACUGAAUAUUAUGAAGCACUGUAUGUUUUGCCUUCAAUAAGUUAGAGGGGAAAAAACCUCCACAACCCUAAACAAAAAACCCCAGGAACUUUGUGGGUGUUGGGAUGAAAGAUUCAGCAACAGGAAAGGAGAUAGUAUCCUAACUUUAAAAAGAAAAAAAAACCCAACCAAACAAAAAAAUCCAAGAUUUCUCUUGGAUUUUAUUUUUCCUUACGGAUAUGGAAGCUCCAAAUUUCAAGCUCAUGUUUUAUCGCUUUAAAAAAAAAACAUCCCAAAUUACAAAGUUUUCACUCCUGGCUUUGUGUCUUCAGAGUCUCCAUUUUAAGUAAAUGUGCAGUUUCAGUGAGUGAGCUCUCACUUGCCAUGAUGUCACUUCAUGGGAUCUGAAAUGUCAUCACAAAAAAUAAACACGACAUGUUGGUCCUGCCUCCCAAGUUGUGCCUCUGUAGAAACACUCUAGUUAGAUUGUGCUUCUGGUACAAAAGUAACUUAAUAAAAAGUAGAGCAGAAACAACCAUUGGGGAUGUUGGGAAGCUACAAUCACUAUUCCCAACACAGUGUUUUUGCUUUGGAUACAAAUUGUAAUUAGACAGUAACUCACAUCUGCAGUGAGUCUGUUCUUUGUCAAAGAUAUUCUUUGUUCAUUCCAAGUAGACUUUUUGUAAGGGCUGAUAAACAUGGGAGAGGUGAGUCUUGGUCAGAGCACGGGUUCCUGACAGCUGCUCCAUCAAGUGCUCUUUCAGAUUGUCACCUGUGAAGCUUCAUGCAUGCCUUCCUAAGUGUUUUGAAACUUCAUUAGUGUCUAAAUGCUUAGAUUCUAGGCUACACAUGCCUCAAGUUGAAAAUAUUUAGUUGUGCUGAUUUAUCCACAGUAUGGCCACAUAGUCAAGUUAUUUGUCAGUGUGCAUUGUGGUAGGUAUAUGUUAACUAUAGAAUUACAUACAAUAAUGGAACAUCUCAAGCUGGAAGAGACCCAUAGGGAUCAUUGAGUCCAACUCCCUGUUCCUCACAAGACUGCCUAAAACUAAACCACACAAAGCAUUGUCCAAACACUCCUUGAACUCUGCAGUGAGUGACUGGUAGCAAACAAGAGCCAUGAGUGUGACUCAGACUACUUUUAUCUCGUAAUACACCACCUACACCCACUAGUGUAGCAUUCCCGAGUCCUUUGUUUCCAGCAUUUGGAUGUCAUGGCGUAGAGAACCUGAUCAUCUUUACAAGGAGAAUACUGUGUGAAUUUGCACAGGAGGACUACAGAUAGUAUCUCCUUUUGACCAAUGAUUAAUUUGAAAGUCAGUAUUUCAUAUUCCAUUCAUCAAUGAUAUGAAGGCAGCCUCAUUUUCUGGAGGAAUAACUCCUAAAAUUGUCUAAUAAAGCUCUCUAAACCACUGCUAAAAUAUUUGAGAAUGAGGAUGUACUGUAUUUCUGUGACAACUGACAUUACUAAUGCAGCCAUUCUAAGUGUCAUAGAAAACCCAUUCACACAGAUAACACAAACCCUCAAAAGCUGCUCGCCCAAACCAGCUUUGCUGUACGCUACUGCAUGCUUUUCAUGUUAUGCACUCAACCUUAUAGAAGGCAUAAGGUUUAAAAGUUGUAGAUUGUCUCAUCUUCUGUCUCCUUGUGGUGGCAGCAGAGCUCUUACGUGAAAAAUCCUUCAGAAUGAACUGCUGUGACCUUUUUAACACAUUCUUUAGUAUUGAAUGGGUAGAAACUUGAAGAGGCAUUUGAAUUGUAUCUUUGAACUUUAUGAAAUAAAAAUUGAAAUAUUUUAAAUACUCUAUAAAA